AGCCACAGUGGGAUCGGAUGUGAUACACAGAAGAAAAAGAAGAUAUGUUUUACAAUUAACGCUAAUUGUACGGCGAUUUUAAGUCCUCGCUUCCGGGGCUUUCCGGGGUAGUGGUCACAUGACACGUCAUUACGUUCCGCUGAGAUACUAUGGCGCUUCCCGACUGGAUUGUAACGCUAAUUGCCGCUGCAUCCUUCCUCUGUUUCUUAUGUUUAUGUGUUCGCUACAGACGCUCAGGACAAGUGUUUUGGAGAAAACUGUUAAGCAAGAUAAUGGCCCGCACGGAGAAGCCGCUGUUCAGAAUCGCGUACACACUCUACACCAGGACCAGACUUGGCUACAUGUACUACAAGAGGCAAAUGAAAAAAGCCAGGGAACAUUACCCUGCUGGACAUUCCACAGUCCACCCCAUGGAGUUUAAUGAUAUAAAAGUAAUUCCCAUCUCGGUACUGUCUGACAACUACAGCUAUCUUGUAAUAGACACAGCCUCCAGUGUUGCCGUUGUUGUAGACCCUGCAGACCCUCAAACAGUCCAGGCAGUCCUUAAGGAAGAGGGAGUGAUGUUAGAAGCAAUACUCUGCACACACAAGCAUUGGGAUCACAGCGGGGGAAACAAAGGGUUGAAAAGGCUUCACAGCUCAUGCCGAGUGUAUGGAAAUGCAGCUGAUAACAUUCCUGGCCUUACGCACCCUCUCACGCACAAGGAUUCUGUAACAGUUGGUCGUAUGCACUUUAAGGCCCUCUUCACUCCUGGACACACAGUGGGCCACAUGAUCUACCUCCUGGAUGGCCAAGCGAUCGGCGCUCCCUCCAGCCUCUUCUCUGGUGACCUGGUUUUCCUCUCAGGUUGUGGGAGAAUGUUUGAAGGCAGUGCAACAACAAUGCUGUCAUCUCUGGACACAGUCAGCUCCUUAAGUGAUGAUACUCUAUUGUGGCCUGGUCAUGAGUAUGCAGAAGACAACCUGCUGUUUGCUGCUGAGGUUGAGCCACGCAAUGCUGCCAGGGAAAACAAAUAUCAGUGGGUGCUGCAGCAGCGAGGCCAGAAGAUGUGCACGAGUCCCUCCACUAUUGGAGAAGAGAAGCAGUACAACCCUUUCCUGCGCAGCCACUCUGCUGAGCUCCAUCUGGCUCUAGGCCUCCAGCAGUUUCAGGAUGAAGACUGGACUCAAUUCAGGGCUCGCGUGCUGGAGGAGCUGCGGAAACGCAAAGACCUCUACAACAGGAGAUAGUACUAGCGACAAGUCUGAUAAACAGCAGGGAACAGAGCAGUGAGCUCACCUGUAAAGGACAGUGGUACGAAAGCGGCAAUCUGCUACUGAGCUCUGAGGUACUGUAUAAAAGCCUGACCGGUUUUGUACAUUUAAAGGGGCAUUAAAUCAUUUUUGACCUUUAUCAACCUGUGUUAAUGACCACUAGGAACAAAGUCACAAUUUCAUUAUUACAUAAUCCAAGUACUAAUAAUCGUAUUACCUCUCCACAUGCUGUAUGUUGUGGUAAUUUUGUGUUUAUAGACAGAGUAGUGCUCAUUUAUUGCCUCUUUAACACAGAGUCAUAACAACAAUGUAGAUUUGCAUGAGUACCUUCCUGGUAUAAUCAGAUUUCUCAUUCUGGUGUGUGAAACACAGGGUGAGAACAGGUCUGCACAUUUAACAUUUACAUGCUGCUGAAGAGUAAUUAUUUUCUCCAUGGAAUAUGUGACAUGGACUUGAGUAUUUUGAUUGACUGAUUUUGAAUUGUUACUACAACUGUUAUAACAAUAAUGGUACCCUUAAUUUAACUAAUCGCACAAAUGCUGUUUGCUGAAUCCAAGAGUGUGUUUUCACUUUAAAAAAGAUGUUACUAGCAUUAGUUCUUUACGGUGCACGAUGUUUGGCUACUAACUCAGUUUUUUCCUGUAGGAAUUUUACUUUAAAAUAAAAACGGUAAGGAUUUAUCUGCUUGUGGGCCAAAGAUGAAACACAUUUUGUAGUAGAGACAUUUUUUGUGCCUCUCAGAAAAUGGUUUUUGCUCAAGUAAUUGUUUGGCAUUUAGAACUGUAUUUUUUACUACAUGUCACUACAUGAACAGCAGCAUGUGUGAAAGAUUUAACAGACACUGCAUUGUAAUAUAUGAAAUAUGACUAAAUCGCUAUUAAAAAGAUUAGUUUUUUAGCUAAUUUUAAAUUAAUUACUCAUGUCUGCCAAUUAAACUGAAUCAAGCUAUCUGUAGACAUACACUGCUUUGCAAUAAGUUUUAAUUGAUGUUUAAAAUGUGUAAUAUUUAGGUUGUUGAUGGAAUUGGACAACUUUUCAUUUUGUUUCUAAUAUGAGAGUACAAUUUGACAUUGACUGACACUCAAUUGAAGGAAUGUUUUUAUAAUGAAUCUGAAAGUCAAAAUGAUAAAUAUUUUUUAAUAUAUUGAAGCGUUUAUUAUACUGUGACAAUACUGAGGAGGAAAAUCAUUUUCAUUGUAACAAUGUGUUUUUUUGUUGUUUUUUGUAUGUGUUUUUAUGAAGGAAGUGUAAUGCAGCCUCUGUUUAGGUCGAGAUGGGCCAGAAUGCAAAGAAAUAAACCUUGAAACUUUUGAGGAGA